CCCUCUCUCUCUCUCUCUCUCUCUCUCUCUCUCUCUCUCUCUGUGUGUGUGAGAAACGCCUGGGAAAGAUGCUUCCGAGGUCUACAAGCGGCGUCGUUUGGAUGGAAGGACCAGGAGGAGGAGAAGAAGAAGACACAGCGUCAUGGACCAGAAACAACAAUGAAGGCGAGCUUGGCAAGAACGACGACAUUGGUCUGGGGAUACCUCUCUCUUCCUUCAAGUCCAUGCUCGAGAAUGACUGGUACAUCAACAACAACGCCCUGAACCCACCUCAACAGGACCUCCAUAACCAUCUCCGUGGUCUCCCAAACCCGCAAGAUGUCAGAGACAUUAGCUUUUGCUCGAACCCAAACGACGACAAUAACCUUCUUUUGCAGACCUUGGACUCGUCCUCUUCCUGUUCUCCGUCGCAGGCUUUCAGUCUCGACCCCUCACAGGCACAGUCCCCUUUCUUGCCCCACAAAUCUUGCUUCUCUUCGCUUAUCAACGCCGUUUGCUCCAACCCUUUUGACAAUGCCUUCGAUUUGGGCCUCGAUACCGGGCUUCUCGGCCCGUUCAACCCAGCUGCUUCGAACUCCCCUGCUUUGAUAGGCUUCACGGCCUGGAACUCUCAGCCGCAGAUUGGUGCUCCCGAACUGAGUUCUGCCUCCGAUUUUCAAUCAACUCGGUUGCUGCCGAUAUCUGACACUUCCGCCGGACUUGAUGGCGGGUUUAUCCCAACGUGUUUCGAGGAUUUUGACAACUCAGGGAGCGCUCUGUUUCUGAACAGAGCAAAAGUUCUCAGACCCCUCGAGGUCCUCCCACAAGUGGGUUCGCCACCCACCCUGUUUCAGAAGCGAGCGGCGCUUCGGCAAGGAGCUGAAAUGUCUGGGAAUCUGGAGGUUUCGGGCGUUAGGUUCGACGAAAAUUCGGCGAAUUUGGAGAGUAGGAGGAAGAAUAAUGACGUUUCGGGUGAUGUUGAUGAAGCGAGCAUCGACGUUUCAGUUGUAAAUUACGAUUCGGAUGAGUUUGAAGGCGUUGGUAAGGUGGAGGAGAAUGUUAAGAAGGGUGGGAGCAAUUCUAACGCCAACAGUACUGUCACUGGCGGAGUUCAGAAGGGAAAGAAGAAGGGGCUGCCGGCAAAGAAUCUGAUGGCUGAAAGGAGGCGAAGAAAGAAGCUUAAUGAUAGGCUUUACAUGCUUAGGUCUGUUGUACCCAAGAUUAGCAAGAUGGAUAGAGCUUCUAUUCUUGGGGAUGCCAUUGACUACUUAAAGGAGCUUCUGCAAAAGAUCAAUGACCUCCAUAAUGAGCUGGACUCAUCCCCACCUGGGUCUUUGCUGCCACCUUCUGCAAGCUUUCACCCUUCGACACCAACUCCACCUACGCUUCCCUGUCGUGUCAAGGAAGAGCUUUGUCCGAGCUCUUUGCCAAGCCCUAAAAGCCAACAGGCACGGGUGGAGGUUCGAGUAAGGGAAGGAAGAGCUGUCAACAUCCACAUGUUUUGUGCCCGUAGACCGGGUCUCUUGCUUUCCACUAUGAGGACUCUGGACAACCUGGGGUUAGACAUACAGCAGGCUGUAAUUAGCUGCUUCAAUGGGUUUGCCUUGGAUGUGUUCCGAGCUGAGCAAUGCGGGGAAGGCCAGGAUGUGUUGCCCGAGCAGAUUAAAGCAGUACUCUUGGAUUCAGCCGGCUGCCCCAGUAUGAUGUAACUCGGUACUUGAUCAGUAAAUGCAACCUGUUCGUAUAGAUGGAGGAACUAACUGUAGUGGUGCACGGCCAGGAGGAGUAGUUGGUAAGUGCAUUUGCUCCUCAUUCCCUUCGGUAAAGGUAAAUGGUGAAGGUGCACAGAUCCAAGUCCUAAUGUUCGAAGCUUGAUCUAACGUUAUUCAGUGGAAUAUGUUUUGUAAACGUGCUUUGAAGCAUAGCAAACUUACGGUGAUAUCUGAAUAUCUUCAGCUUUAAGAAUAAAAAUGUUUCGCUUUUUCCUUAACCUGUGCGAAUAAUAUGUAAUCCCUUGAAUGCA